CAAUAACCACAUAGUUUAUAGCGGCAGCCAGAUACAUCAGACUCAGGAAGAAACACACAACCUCUGAAAAAUGGCACAAAGUUUCAUUCUUCUUCUCAUUGCUCUCUGCUCCGUAUCUGAAUGUGUUCAGCGUCAGUAUCACUUUAUAAAUGAGAAGAAGACCUGGACUGAAGCUCAGAGAUACUGCAGAGAGAAAUACACAGAUCUGGCCACCGUUGACAACAUGAACGACAUGAAUGAGCUGAAGAAGUGUGUGAAUGAUCAACAUGUCUGGAUAGGGCUGCAGAAAACAAGUCAUAAAAAAUGGCAGUGGUCUUCAGGUGAACCUGCACUCUAUCUGAACUGGGCUACUGGACGACUUGAAGAUGGAGAUGACUGUGCUUUUAUGAAGAAUGGAGAAUGGCAGGACUGUUCAUGUGAUAAAAGCCUGAUUUUCAUCUGCACUUCAUUGAACAAUGAACUUGUCUUUGUCAAUCAGAUGAUGAACUGGAGAGAUGCUCAGAGUUACUGCCGACAGAAUCACAUUGAUCUGGUCAGUGUGAGAAAUCAGAAUGAGAAUCAACAGGUUGAGAAGAUCAUGAAUGAUAGUCACAUAUCUGAUGUCUGGAUCGGUCUGUUCAAAGACUCAUGGCAGUGGUCAGAUCAGAGUAACUCCUCAUUCAGAUACUGGAACACUGGUGAACCUAAUAAUGCUGGAGGAGGUGAAAACUGUGCAACUGUCAAUCAGGAUGUUCAGGGACGAUGGAAUGACAUCUCUUGCAACAAGAAUUAUCCUUUUGUGUGUCAUGAAGAUAAACUGAUUGUGAUCACAGAGAAUCUGACGUGGUCUGAAGCUCUGAGAUACUGCAGACAGAAUCAUGUGGAUCUGGUCUCGGUUCAUUCAGAAGUGAUUCAGCGUCGUGUGAUGAACGUGGUCAAACGGGCGUCUACAGUGGCGAUGUGGUUGGGUUUACGUUACUCUCACAUUUUGGGCAUCUGGUACUGGGUGAAUGGACGGAGUGUGUGUUAUCAGAACUGGGCUCCAGGGAACGGCACAUCAGAGGAGGACUGUGAACACACAGUGAGAUCUGGAGCAGUUCAGUCUGGAGGAGAUCAGCACUGGAUCAGCCGUCCUGAAACUGACAAACUCAACUUCAUCUGCAGAAAUUAUAGAGAGUAAAGAACAUAUGAAUGCUUGUAUGUUCAUUUCCAUUUUCUUCCUAAUCCACACUGUCAAGGUUAAAUACACAUUUAAGCUUUACUACGGAUGUUACGUUAUAUAAAUGCAAAUCUCUUUCAGAUUUAUACAAUCUUUCAGUAAUAUAUUAUUGAGCUGUGAAGUGUGAGUCUAAAUUUCUCCAGGUGGAUGAAUCGGUGCAAUUCCUGUAGGUGGUGUUUGAUUAAGAACUUACAGUUAGAGCUGCUAUUAUUAAUGCAUCUGCUUUUACAACAUAUUUCAACCUGUACAUUGUGUUAUUCAGUAACUGCAUAGACAUUAAUCUGCCAAUUUAGUUUUGCGAAGGGGCCAUAAAGGCAUCAUAUUUACUUAUCAUCAGAGAAAUCUUUGUACUGUUUUCUUUUAGUUCUAGCAUGAGAAAAUGUGCUCUUAUCGAAAUACGAUGAAAUAAUUAAUGUAACUGAAGAGUAUCAUGUGAAUUUAUGCUGGUGUGGUGGCUAUGUCUCUCAUAUACUUAAAGAUUUUUUUGUAUUUUAAAUAUAUAAUAACUUUAGAAAAAAAAAAAA